GGGAGGCGGCGCGGGCCGGCCGGGUCGCCGUCGGGAUGAGCCACAUCCAGAUCCCGCCGGGGCUCACGGAGCUGCUGCAGGGUUACACGGUGGAGGUGCUGCGGCACCAGCCGCCUGACCUCGUCGAAUUCGCCGUAGAGUACUUCACACGCCUGCGCGAGGCCCGCGCCGAAGAUCCCGACGCGUACAUCGCCAUUCCCGAGAGGCUGCGAGCGCACGAGCUCGACUCGGUCGUCGUCGAGGAGAACGGGGACAGCGACGACGCGGAGGACGAGGAGCUGGAAGUUCCAGUUCCUAGCAGAUUUGCUAGACGAGUGUCAGUCUGUGCAGAAACCUAUAACCCUGAUGAAGAAGAGGAAGACAAUGAUCCAAAGGUGGUUUAUCCUAAGAGUGAUGAACAGCGAUGCCGACUUCAGGAAGCUUGCAAAGAUAUUCUCCUGUUCAAAAAUCUUGAUCCGGAACAGCUUUCUCAAGUUCUCGAUGCCAUGUUUGAAAGGAUAGUCAAAAUUGACGAGCAUGUCAUUGACCAAGGAGAUGAUGGAGACAACUUUUAUGUCAUAGAACGGGGAACAUAUGACAUUUUAGUAACAAAAGAUAAUCAAACACGCUCUGUUGGUCAGUAUGACAACCAUGGCAGUUUCGGAGAGCUGGCUCUGAUGUACAAUACACCAAGAGCUGCUACCAUCGUCGCCACCUCAGAAGGCUCCCUUUGGGGAUUGGAUCGAGUGACUUUUAGAAGAAUCAUAGUGAAGAACAAUGCAAAAAAGAGGAAGAUGUUUGAAGCAUUUAUUGAGUCUGUGCCACUCCUCAAGUCCCUCGAGGUAUCGGAACGCCUGAAGAUUGUGGAUGUGAUAGGAGAAAAGAUCUAUAGGGACGGAGAGCGCAUAAUCGCUCAGGGUGAAAAGGCUGAUAGCUUUUACAUCGUAGAAUCUGGCGAAGUGAGCAUCCUCAUUAGAAGCAAGACUAAAACAAACAGGAGUGAUGCAAACCAGGAGGUUGAGAUUGCACGCUGCCAUAAGGGACAGUACUUUGGAGAGCUUGCACUGGUCACCAACAAACCCAGAGCUGCUUCAGCAUAUGCUGUUGGAGAUGUCAAGUGCUUAGUUAUGGAUGUUCAAGCAUUUGAGAGGCUUCUGGGGCCCUGCAUGGACAUCAUGAAGAGGAACAUCUCACACUAUGAGGAACAACUGGUGAAGAUGUUUGGCUCUAGCUUGGAUCUGAUCGACCCCGGGCAAUAGAUGUGACACACCCCAGAGCCUUCUCAAUGUGACACCAAAACCUUCCGGUCAGCCACAGAACACACACAGAAAACAGACACGACAGAACCGUUCCUGCUGUUGUCACCGCCGCUGCCAUUGCUGUGGUUAGGGGCAUUUGGAAAACUUGAAAGUCAGCACUAAUGGAUGGACAGAGGUUCCACCCACACCUCCACUUGCUUCUGAAAGCCCAUUAUUAGACCACUUGUAAUGAUUGCUCCAACCUGGUUUUCACUUCUUUGGUUCAGAAUGGCAUGUCUCUCCAACAAUUUAAGUGCCUGAUACAAAGUCCAAAGUGUAAACAUCCUCCUCUCCUCUCUUGCUGCUACUGUUGCUUUUGGAAGUUACCAUAAGGUCUGCAGAAGCCUGUUGAGUAUCUGUAGACACCCUCCCCCAGGCUUUCUCAAGGGAGGAAAUAGCCUUCAGUCUCCUCAUUCGUCUUUUGAGAACGUCCAUAGCGUGUUCACAAUUGCUGCCUUUGGUUUGACAGUGGAAAAUGAUAGCAGAUAUAAUGGAGGUCUGUGCUCCAGUGGCACUCAUGUCUGCUGACAGCUGCCCACACCACACCUGUCCCCAGGCCCACAGAAAUGCUUAGGGAAAGGUCCUGCCAAGAAGUAGUACUUCAGAGCAGACUCAUGUCACUCAGAUCCACAUUAAAGCAGGAAGUUUGGAGCAUUUUACCAGUAGUAGAGAGCCAGGAAAGGUUUUCUGGGUUAGGGUUUUAUUGUUUGUUUCUAGUAGGUUUUUUGUUUUGUUUGUUUAAUUUCUGUGCAGUUUGCAUGAACAAAUUGUUAUCCAUUUAUAAGGAGCGGGGGUGAGCGGUUAGUUAGCUCAGCUGGGUAAGCAUGGUGCUGACAAGGAGCCAGGGUCCUGAGGUGCCAUCACUUCUCUGACCUACAUGACUCCCAAGCAACUCCUGCCAUUGCCUGUUCCCAGCCACUUGCCACUGGCAAUCUGCUGACAAGGUUGCUACCAAGAGCGCCCGUCACUUCUCCUCCUGAGAUGUUGCACAGCUUGCUUGUUGAUCAGCACUUUUUAAACUCUUUUUAAAAGGAGCUCUUUUUUAAAGGAAAUUAUUUCUCUAUUUAAGGGAUUUACCUUGGACAUAUUCAUAUAUAUGGAGUUUGUCAGCUGACUCAGACAUUCGUCCUAAACAUCUCUGUUAGUUUUUAAAAAAUUGGUAUCAUUGGGUUAUGGGGAAAACUCUGGUAGAGAGCUUAUGUAGCAUGUACAAGGCCCCAGGUUUGCUCUCUAAUAAGAAAAAAAAAAAAUACUAUCAUUUAUAAUGAUAGAAUUACUAUGAAGGCUUUUGUAAUUAAUAUGCUCUUUGCUUUUGCCAUGGACACUGUGUCCAAGAGAUUUCCAGAGUGGAUAACCCCACCACAACCUUGAUAAUUAUUCCCCUUCCUCUGGUGUCCCAUGAAGUAAAAGCAGGACUCUCAGACUGCCCUGGGUAGCGCACAUCGCAGCUCUCAGAGUCAUGAAAGGCUGUGCCUCGUGCUCCAGAACAGGCAGCUAGCGCCGGGGGAGCUCGUGCGGCCAUCGCACGCUUUCCUGAGGCUCUUCUUCCCUAUGGGAUUGCUUUAUUCUCAGAUAAACUCAGAAAGAAGUUUCUUGCAAAGGAAAGGGCUACAUGAGGCUUCAGGAGUAGGCCAGUCCAGCCUCAGUCCUUGUGAAGACUCUGAACCCUUGCCGGGCGUGGUGGCGCACACCUUUAAUCCCAGCACUCAGGAGACAGAAGUAGGAGAAUCACUGUGAGUUCAAGGCCUGAGUCUACAUAGUUAGUUCCAGGUCAGCCUGGACUAGAGUGAGACCCUACCUCGAAGAAAAAAAAAAAAAAAAAAGACUGAACCUUGACAGAUGCCCUACCUUCCCACACUUCCGACCAGUCAGAGCUGGCUGUGAAUCUGAUAGAGAGUGACUCCUCUCGGCUGCUAGGGACGGGCCUUCUCGUCCCGCCCUCUCACCUCCAGUCUAGUGUGCCCUUUCUUUCGCAGUCUCCUCAGACACCCCUGCCUCACCGAUGGUUGCUGUUGUGCAGAGUCGGCUUCACCAGCUCAAGUUCUUGCUUUAACUAACACAUGGCUCACCAUCCACACAGCUCACUUGAGGAGGGGAGACAGGAAAGGGACCAGUGUGAGUAAAAAAGGAUACAGCCAUCACCACAGUGCCAGUACCAGACAGUGUUCCAGUUCUCUUUGCAGCUUAAGGAAGCAGAGGUGGCAGACCAAGUUUUACUCAGGGCUGGGUGUCCCCAUUGUGACAGGCAACCCUGUGACAGAGCUGAGCCUCACAGGGAGGAGUGUGUCAGCAAGAGAUUCACUAGUGUUCUCUUCUAAGGGUUAGAGCUUCAUGCCCUCUCUCCCAGCUUGCUAUGGACUUUGGAUGGUAGAAGAAAGUCCUGAGAGCCUUUAGGUCCAGCCUGAAGUAUUGUCCUUCCUGACUGUCCCCCACUUAUCCUACUCACUCUCCUCUUGUUGGAUGCUCUAAUGGAGGGGUUCUCGUGCGCUUUCCUCACGGUUCCUAGUUCCUAGUCUUCGGAUAUGAUCACACGUUUCUGCUGUAGAUUCUCAGAAGUAGGAGUAGAGCUUUUCUUUGAGCAGCUUAAUGAGCAAAUUCAGCAGCAAAGUGGCAAGAAAAGACUUCUUCAGCCAGGAGGGGUUUUGUUCAUCCUCCGAUUGCCCAGAUUCUCUGAGGCUCGUGAUGGAGUGGUCAGUGAGGUGCUGCUGGUGUCCAGUAGCACCCUGGGGACACAGCAUUUUGUGGUGUGUCACAGUCUUCAUUUUUUUUUAAGUGAAAGCAUUUUGCACAGAUAAAGCAAAGGACCCAUGAAUGUCAUCUUCUUAUCUUUUUUUUUUUUUCUUCAGUUGGUUGGCGUUGGGAUUUUUGUUUGUGACAUGCACUUGUAAACCAAUCUUGCCAAGAUAUGGGUUGUUUUGAAUUGUCACUACAGUUACCUCUCGCCUCUUCUGUCUUGACUGCUGACGUUCCUCAGUGAUUCUAAUGUCUAUUUUAUGGGAAGCAGCCUUCCCGUGGGUUUCCUAUUACACACUGCAGGGCUAUCUUUAUACUUAAAAAAAAAGAAUAAAAACUGUCACUAACCUCAUGGGGAUUUGCAGAAAACCAUUUAGCCCGCUUGGAGCAAAGAAUAGAUUCCUCUUUUUUUUUUUUUAAGCUCAUUUUUAAUAACCUAAUUCAGCAUUAUUGUGCUACCUCAAAGGUAAAAUAUUUUAUGGUCAUCUUUUGCUCCUGAGUUCUGUACAUGGUGUUUGAGUUGUCUUUCAAUUGGAAUUUUUUUUAAAUCAUUAGAGUGAAUCUUAUUUUAACCUGUUUUACAGUUGUAUUUUAAUCUCAAAAGGGUAUGUAAUUGGAAAGCAAGCAGUUUUUGCUCUAUGGUAUUGAAUAUAUAAUUAAAACUCAUUAAGAAACAAAUCAUUGUUUGCCAUGAAUAAGGAUGAGUUUUUUAAAAAGGAAACUCUAGGGCUCAGCUUCACUCUUGGUUAAUAAAGGCUGACACGUCAUACAUGA